AUGAGAAAUUCUUCUUUAAACAAUAUCAAUGAUAUAAAACGCCGUGAAAACGAACCUGAAAAUGAGAGUGACAAAAAUAAUGAGGAUAAUAUUGAAGACAAAAAAACGGAGGAAACGAUAUCUGAAAACAAUAUUGAAGUUAUUAUGAAACAAAGCGAUGAUUCUCGGAUCAAAGCUAAUAGUGUCGAUUCUCCAUCAAUAAUUUUGAAGGAUAUGGUAAUAGAUAUGAAAGACAAAGUAAUUUCGAAGAAUAACAGUAAAAGGUCAAAAUGGUUCAAGAAAUUUUUGAGACGGACCUUAAAAGAACCGAAAAAUACUAGGAAAUCAAAGAAUCUAAAUCAGCGGAGGAAAACUAAGAUGUGCGUACUGUUCUCUUUUGGCCGUUGUGGGUAUGAUGAUGACGACGACGAUGAUGAUUAUUAUUAUGACGAUGAAAUAUUGGAUGACCCAGACCCAAGAGGUACCUACAUUAUAACAGUGCUGACAAUAGUAGGGUCGAUGUUGUUCGUCACUGCUGUUUUUCUAAUAAUUGUAUAUAACGUACCAAGGUUCUUCAUAGUAUUUCACAGGCCUUCUUUAUUUCUUUACAUUACCGCGCUUGGCGGCCUGUUCUUGGUGUAUUUCUCUAUGCUGUGCUUAAAUUGCGGGUACAUAACACCCUACAGUUACAUUUUAUUAUGUUUCACGGUUAUGUUUGCAAGUCUCGUGGCAGCUAUAUUGUUAUGCAGUUAUGAAGCUGUAGUUGUCAUACAUGGGUUCCUUGCCGCAACAGCAGUCGUGUUGACGUGUAUAGGGUUGGCUUGCACUUCAUUCGAUUUUACGAGUUUUUGGUUGUAUCUGAUCGUCAUAUCAUGUGGAUUUACAGUCGUUGCUUUGAGUGUAGUCCUAAGUACGCUUAUUACAGGGGUCUAUAUAAUAUUUCUGCACUUGGCUAUAUUGCUUGCAACUGUUUUCCUACAUUCACUGGCAUUCAUAAUGGAACUGCAAAUGAUACUAGGAGGAAAAAGUAUAGAAGAUUUAUGCACAAAUAAGCUAUAUAAAAUGCCAUUGACAAAUAAAGUAGAAUUUGAUCACAAGUUCCACAAAGCAGUAAACAAUGAUUAUACUGCUUCUGGAUCCACUUAUUGUUAUUUCCGAGACUAA